UUCUUUCAUAAAACCCCUAGCGCCUAGGGUUUAAGCGACGAGAGCGAAAAUACCCCCAAAUCCUCCCUUUGAAUUCGAAGUCACCUUCUUCUGAUUUCGAUUCCGUGUCAAUAAUAAUAGAUAACAAUGGCUUCCCAACACGAAAACGGGUCGAUUAUCGAUCCGAAUCCUUUUGGGGUGGAGACAGUAAUGGCUUCCCAGCACGAAAACGGGUCGGAAAUUGACCCGAACCCUACUGUGGUGGAGACAGCAAUGGCUUGCCUUCACGAAAAAGGGUCGGAAAUUGACCCUAACCCUACUGGGGUGGAGGCACAUGAAGCGGAGGCUGAAAAGUUUGGAACUUUGGGUUGUGCUGUUCCUAUUGAGGAAGGCUUGGAGAAUAUCACUUUGGUGGGUCCUUCUCUUUCAGUUGAGGAGAACCUUGUUAAGGAUGAUAGUGAAAUUGAAAUUGAAAGUGAGAGUGAGAGUGAAAAUUCUGAGUCUGAGAGCUCUUCUUCUGAUUCUGGUAGCGGAAGUAGUAGUAACAGCAGCAGCGGUAGUAGUAGUUGUAGUGAUAGCGAGGACGACGAUGACGAUGAUGUGGAAGUUGAAGAAGGUGAGAUAAGUGAUUCUGAUGAAGAGAAAAUGGUUAGUUGGAGCAUUGUUGAUGAGGAUGGUGAUGAAGAUGGUGAUGUGGGAGGAGGAGGUGGACCGAUCAGGUCAAAGAAUGAGCUUCAGAAUCUGCCUCCUGUUCCUCCCGUAGAUGCGAUUUUGGAACCACACCAUCAAACGGUGCCAGUUGGAAUUGUUAUGUCGACUCUUGGUGCUCAAGUCAUCGUGGAAGGAGUGGAGAAGCAUGACCCUCUCAAUGAGGGUUCUAUUCUUUGGUUGACUGAAAGCCAAAAACCACUAGGUUUAAUUGAUGAAAUUUUUGGACCAGUCAAGAACCCUUAUUAUGUUGUGAGAUACAAUUCUGAAAGUGAAGUCCCCACGGGGAUCAAUGAGGGAACCUUGAUCUCCUUUGUUCCAGAAUUUGCUGAUCACGUGAUUAAUAACAAGGAUCUCUAUAGGAAAGGGUACGAUGCAUCUGGCGCAGAUGAUGAAGAGUUGUCUGAUGAAAUGGAGUUUUCAGAUGAUGAGAAAGAGGCUGAAUACAAGAGAAUGCAAAAACAGACAAAGAGGGGUGCAAACGAUCAAAAUCAUGGCAAGAAAAAAAACAACAGAAAGAAAUUUUCACCGAAAGAUGUUGCUGCACCUUCUGCACCUUCUGCACCAGCUGCACCUUCUGUGCCAAUGCUUCAUCAUGGAAAUUGUCCUCCUUUUUCAAGCAUUGCACAAGGUCAUUUGGGUGGAACUACCCCACUUCCACCCUUAAACGCAGCUCCAAACUUUGCUACGAAUGGAGUCUGGACAACUGGAACAACAUUUCCACAUCAGCAACAGUCUCCCAUGCUUCCUAAUGGAUUUCCUACAAAUGGCAUGCCAUGGUACCCACAAAAUCCUCAAAUUUCUCCUCAGUUUCCUAUGCCAGGAAUUCCAUUUCAACAGCAAUUACAUCCCAAUCAGGGAUCUCUUCCCACAACUAUGCUACCUGGGAUGCAGCUCAAUAUGUUUGCUCAAUCCCAAUAUGCAGCAGGACUUGCUGGUCAAAAUCAAAUCGCAUUUGGGAUGGGUUCACCCUUCCCACAGAGUCAGCCACCUAUAUUUGCUGCACAGCAGGGUUUUCCAUCCACUGAAUUGCGUUCAGAAAGAAACAUGAAUUUUCAUUCUAAUGGUGCCCCCUCUCAAUUUCAUUCGCGUCCAAAUGCUAAUCGUGGGAGAAAAACAUUUCAUGGUGCAGGUAGGAAAGGGUGGCGUCCACCCAAGUGAAGGUUGUUAUUAUUUAUUUUGUGCUCUACUGCACACUGAACUAAAUUUCUUGAGUUGGGCCAUUUUGCAAGGAAUGUACUACACCUGUAAAUUUCUUGUAAGUCUCUCUUGAAUUUUGAAAUGAAUUCGGUUAGUUCCUGAAGUAGUUUUGUUCCUAUAUUGAAAGGCCUCAUUUGUGCUUGAAAGUGUUAUUAUGAAUUUGAGAAGCUCGGUGCUGAUUAUCUUGUUUA